AUGAUAUAAACUGAAUAUGGCAACUUAAUCUAUUGCUGUAAGUAAAUACUAUCAACAUGCAUAGAAGAUUACACUAAAUCUAAUAGAAGUAACUGAUUCCUCAAUACCUAGAGCCUCCUCAGAACUUUAAGGCUUGCAUCGAUAGGACAAAAAUUUCACAAUGGGUUUGGGGUUGGGUUUGGGGUUGGGUUUGGGUUUGGGGUUUGGGUUUUGGGUUUGGGUUUGGGUUUGGGUUUGGGUUUGGGUUUGGGUUUGGGUUUGGGUUUGGGUUUGGGGUUUGGGUUUGGG